AUGUCUCGUUUUACAACUGAUUCAUCGUCGUUAUCAUCUUUUCAACCUAAAAUGCUUUCAGAAAAUGUCUAUUUUCCACCAUUGUUGUCAUACUCUUCUACACUGGCAAUUUUCAAUGAACUUAAAACAAAACUUAAUAAGCAAUCGGAUUUUGUGCAAACUAAUAAUGCUUUAAUUAAUACAAUAUUGCCUGAAAUUGACUACUCAUUACCUCAUACUACUACUACUACUAAUAGUAAUAAUAAUAAUACGAGUAAUGUGACGUGUUCAGGCUCAGUAGUCAAUGAUUUUAAAAGUUUCUAUGCACAGCCUAUCAUGAAUCGGACAGCACCAAGUUUCAAUGAUAGAAAUAAUAAAAGUGAUGUAGACAGUGUAGUGACUUUUCCAUUUGAAAAAAAUAACUACGAUGAUGUAUACACGUGCUCAUUAAACUCUGCGAAGUCUUCGCUUCCUCCUCAGCGGCAUUGUCGAAGUCAGCAGAAAAAGGAUCCUCGUACAUAUGAAGAAAUAUUUUCACAUCCACAUCCACAAUACUAUCCUCACUUUCAUCAUAGCCUGGAAUCUCAACAAUCCCAAUAUCCUAGUCACUCUAACUCUGAUGAUUCAGUAGAAAUGCUCAGAUUAUGUGAUACAUCAACAAGCAAACAAUUUGUCACAAAUACAAUACAAAACCAUAAAACUCAUUAUGAAGACAAAAUGACAAAUAACAAGAUUAGAAGUACAAGAGAAGAGAUAAAGUCCUCGUCAACUUCAUUUAAUGGUCAAAUGAUUGGAGAUUCAUUGAAGAAAAGUAUUCAAUCGUGUGUAUCACAAAGAAAGCGUCACAGAUCAAUUGAUUUGAAGACAGAAGAAGAAGAAAUACAAGACCAUUCAAAACGUUAUCGUACAAGUUAUUCACAGAAACAGAUUGAAUUGUUGGAGAAAACAUAUCAAAUGGAUCGUUAUGUUAGUCGACCACAGAGAACUAAACUUUCUAAUGAACUUGAUCUUCCAGAGAAUACAAUAAAGGUUUGGUUCCAAAACAGGCGGAUGAAAGAGAAGCGUCAAGCUCUUAUGCUACCAACAGUAGCAGGGAAAGAUCCUUAUUUACGAGAAACUCUUCUUAGAGUUACACAGUUAUAUUGUGCUACACGAUAUGGCAGUGAAAAUGAUCCCUGCAUCAUCAAAGAGCUAAGUAACAAUUCACAAUCGAAGAAUAACAAAGAUUACUUUGCAAAUAUGCGUAGAAAAGUGGCAGCAUUAUCAACACCAGUACGGGAAACAACUAAUAGUACAAUUUCUGACAACUAUAUUCUCCAAAAUUCUUCCUCUGACACCAAUGUACCAAAGAAAUCCAAGCUUAAUACAAUACAACACGAAGAUUUGUUCAGUAAUCCAAUCGAAGAUAUUAAUCCAAAGUCGAUGAACACAUUGAAAAAUCAAAUUAGUACAAAAGUGAAUGAUGAGAACAAUGAAUCGGAUUUAAAUGCCACUGUUUCAAACACUAAUCAAAAUUUCAUACACACCACAGAACCACCCAGUAAUGAUACUGAGGGGAAUAAUGAUGAUCUCAGUAAAUGGAAUACACUUUCUAAUCCUUUAAACCUUUCAACAUCCUCGUCAAUCAGUAGUGAUGAGAAUCGUGCGUUGUUUAAUGAUGAUGCAUAUCCUCGAAUGAAUCAAAAGUUUUCUGCGAAUACAUUCAAUUUAUUCUCAACAUUUCCAUUGGUUCAUACAACAUCUUCAUCAUUUACAGACAAUCUUAGUGAUUCACUGAUUUCAUAA